AUGACGGAGGCUCACUUCUCCAGGAGCAUCAUGGAGAAGACAGUGGACAGUGGGUACAAAGUUACACUGGGAGAGUUUUUGUCUGAUUUAGAUGAUCCUUUGAGAUUUUUUAGCCUGAAAAAAGAAAUCUUGCAUGUAUUCUCAUUAACAUUUAAAAAAUAUCGUUGCAGCUGUGUUGGGGUAGAAGAGCAUCAUGCUGUUGACAUUGAUCUGUACCAUUGUCCCAACUGCGCAGUUCUUCAUGGACCUUCUCUAAUGAAAAAGAGAAGGAACUGGCACAGACAUGACUACACUGAGUUGGAUGAUGGCUCCAAACCGGUGCAGGCUGGAACACGGACCUUUGUUAAACAGCUGCGGGCUCGCUCUUUCCCAAGUGCUGAUGAAGUCAUUUUGAAAAUGCAUGGAAGCCAACUGACACAAAGAUACUUGGAGAAACAUGGGUUUGAUGUACCUAUUAUGGUUCCUAAAUUAGAUGGCCUGGGGCUCAGACUUCCUCCACCAACUUUCUCUGUUUUAGAUGUGGAACGCUAUGUAGGUGGUGACAAAGUGAUAGAUGUAAUAGAUGUAGCAAGACAAGCAGACAGUAAAAUGAAGCUCCAUAAUUAUAUUAAAUAUUUCACAAAUCCUGACCGACCAAAAGUGUUGAACGUGAUCAGCCUGGAAUUCUCGGACACAAAGAUGUCUGAGUUAGUGGAAGUACCAGAUAUUGCCAGAAAGCUUUCAUGGGUGGAAAAUUAUUGGCCAGAUGAUUCUGUCUUCCCUAAGCCUUUUGUUCAGAAGUAUUGCUUGAUGGGUGUCCAGGACAGCUAUACUGAUUUUCAUAUUGAUUUUGGAGGAACUUCAGUUUGGUACCACGUUCUCUGGGGUGAAAAGAUAUUCUAUUUGAUCAAGCCCACUGAUGAAAAUUUGGCUCUGUAUGAGUCUUGGAGCUCAUCUGUCACCCAAAGCGAAGUAUAUUUUGGAGACAAAGUUGACAAAUGUUACAAAUGUGUUGUAAAGCAAGGACACACUUUAUUUGUUCCAACAGGCUGGAUUCACGCUGUGCUCACAUCUCAGGAUUGUAUGGCUUUUGGAGGAAACUUUUUACACAACCUCAAUAUUGGCAUGCAGCUCAGGUGUUAUGAAAUGGAGAAGAGGCUAAAAACUCCAGAUCUUUUCAAAUUUCCUUUCUUUGAAGCCAUCUGUUGGUUUGUGGCCAAAAACUUACUGGAAACAUUAAAAGAACUGAGAGAAGAUGGUUUUCAGCCUCCAAGCUAUUUAGUGCAAGGAGUGAAGGCUUUACUUACUGCUUUAAAAUUAUGGAUGAAAAAAGAGCUUGUAACAGAACAUGCCUUUGAAAUUCCAGACAACAUUAGGCCUGGACAUCUCAUAAAAGAGCUCUCAAAAGUGAUUCGUUCCGUAGAGGAGGAAAACAACAAACCAGUGAAAACUCAGGGAAUUCUUGGUGUGUGUUCAGCUUCACGGUCUUCACAUGAAACAGCUUCUCCUCACCACUCGAGACGAAGGGUGAGGAAACUGCGAGACCAUGCUACCAAAACUCCUUCUAAUCUGGAUAUCUUAGAACUCCACACAAGAGAGGUACUGAAAAGGCUGGAGAUGUCACCGUGGGAGGAGGACAUAGCAAACUCAAAACUGAAUGGGAGAUUUAACAAGCCCUUUCAACCGUCUUCUACAGUACCUGACUGGCGAACAAAGGACAACGAUCUUCGCCUUGUGCUGUCAAAUGGAAGAAUCAUUAGAGAUGAAAGACGUCCGUUUACAGAUCGAAGUCUUUACACGGCAGAUAGUGAAGACGAAGAUGACAGGACAAGGUCGAAAAAGGUGACUGUUAAGAGAGAAGAUCAGACCUCAGGAUUUGAAGGAGAAGGGAACGCAGAUGCCCAAAAACCACUGAACAUGUUCUUUGAAAGUGUGAAAUCAGAACUCAGGAAAGGAUCCUCAGUGUACUCUGAUAUUUCUGAUUCAGAAGAAUCUGAGCCUGAUUGCACUACACAGCAAAAGGAUUCCUCCACAGAGGAGUCGGAAAGCUCAGGUGAUGAAGAGAAACAGGAAGUAACAUCAAAUUUCAAGGAGGAAUCUAAGGUCAUGAGAGACCUUUGUCAAACUACCCAGAAGCCAUCCAGAAAUGAAACUCCCAGUAAAAAGGAAUGUCCUACCUCGACAAGUACAGAAGAAGAAGCUAUUCAGGGCAUGCUUUCUAUGGCAGGAUUGCACUAUACCACAUGUUUACCAGAUCAUACUCAAAGCACAGACUGCACAGAUAAAAGAACCUCUCUUCAGGAACAAAGAAGCUAUCCUAGAAGUAGGCAUAAAGACAGACAGCCUUCUCAGAGCCACAAAACAAUAGAAUGUGGUAGGUCUGUGAAGGAAGAAGAAAGACACUUGGGGGCUUCAGCGUGGGCUAGACACCUAAAUGAAGCUUCAAGAAUUACCCCUCAGGAUACGAGUAAAACACAAAAAUAUAUCAAGAAAGAGGGUGCAUCAGAGGCUAAUCAUAAGGUUCAGGAAAACAGGAGCAUCGUCCACAGCAGUGGCUUGAGUUUUCAGCAUGGCAAGUAUAUGCGAGACUCCAGUCUAAUUCAAGGAGAGUGCCGGCUGAGCGACGGCAGCCUCAGCCCUGACAGGCCGUAUGGUGAAACAUCUUUGUCUGUUCCACUUCAUCCAACGAAGAGGCCAGCAUCAAAUCCACCCCCUAUCAGCAACCAGGCGACAAAAGGCAAACGUCCAAAGAAAGGAAUGGCAACUGCUAAACAGCGCCUUGGGAAGAUCUUGAAGCUGAACCGCAAUGGCCACGCACGCUUCUUUGUUUAAUGUAGCUGCUACUUCUACUACUGCUGUCUUUCCUAUACAGACCAGUAUUGAGGUCGACAGAGCCUGGAGCUGCUGUUUUUCCUCUGCUUGAAGCAGACUUGCAUGUACCAUACAAAACACUGCCUGAUGAACAAAAACAACAACAACAAAAAAAAAA